AUGGCUCCUCACGCAGUGCCACGGGCCCAGAAGCCCUCCAAGAGACGAGCACCACCCGCCAACAUCGCCGUACCGCCUCUGCUUUGGGAUCGCGAUGCCGAGUCUGACGAUGAGUACGCCAACCAAGUGAGGAACGCCGCAGGAGGCGUAUGGAAACGGGCGGUCGAUGCCGGACGCAGGUAUGCGGAUUCGGCAGUAGACCGUCGCUCAGACAGCGACAGCGAUGACAAGGCGCGGAAAAAUCAACUCAAGAACCCUCCUCCCCAACAACAACAGCAACCUCCUUCAAGCCCGGACACUCCAAAAGCUGUGAGGCCUUCCAACAAUGUAGCAUCAGGAAAGUUGCCUUUGGCAACUCUCCGUCCGCCGCCCGCAUCGAUUCGUCCUCCUCCGGCGGUCGUUGCCGCACCGGCUGUGCAACCGACCCCCGUGAGAACGACACCCGCCGCCACAUCGAAACCCCCAGCUGUACAGGUUCCAGUCUAUGUCGAACAACCCCAAGAAACUUACGCACAACCUCAAGAGACUUUCAUCGCUCACCCCGAGAUACCCGUCGAGGCACCUGAGCGUCCUCCCAGCCCGCCGCCGCCACCACCUGAAGAGCCCGCACCACCACCAGUCCUCGCUCCGGCUGAGCCUGACCCACCACCACCACCUCCGCCUGAACCCGAACCUCCAGCAGCGCCGCCAGCUACCAUGACCGUCACGGCUCCUCCUCGAACUGUCACCCUGAUCUCAACCAUGAAACAACCGGAUUCGCCCAAGAAGCCCAAGUUCACUCCGUCACCACCGCCUCCCCCAGUAAUUACUCCCACCCCUACAGUACCGCCCGCCGUCAUCGCGCCCAGUGGGCCUCUCGCCCUGCCUCCUUUGCCAUCGGUUGAUCCCUCCGCCCCCAGGAAAGGUAUCGAUGGAGAGAAGCACUCUACGCCUACCAUCACAGCCACUCUCGCUUCGGCAGUACUCCCAGCCGAGACCAUUUCAGCGUUGCCAGGCUUGGCCAGUGGUGGUUCCAGCAAGGAUGACGGCAGACCGCCAAGAAUGAACCCCGAGACAGAGCAUGCGCUCAUUGCUGUUGGCUCAAUAGGAUCAUUCAUCUUUGCGUCAUUCCUUGUGUGGAUUGUGUGGAGGACGAUGAAGAGGGCGGGACGUAUGAGAAGAGAAAGGGAGUCUGGCUACCAAGGCGACACGCCAGGUGGCAUUGGCUCGAAGAUUCCAUUCUUCAAGGGAUCUGGUGGAUGGGAGAAUCUCGAUGGACGACGAAGCGAACCACCUCAGUACGAGAAGGGACAGCGAGGAACACUACGCCUGGACACGGGGUUCUAUGGUCCCGAUGGCAAACCCGCCCCCUACGUUACCAACGGCACAUAUCCUGCCAACUACACCAUGUCGCCAGCUGAUAAUCGCGGCAGCCCCAUUCACCAGAGUCCUACAGGCACCAUCCCAAUGAGGAUGAACAAUGUCAGCGGGCAAGGCACAUACAACAGUCAACAAAAUCCGUUCAGCAAUCAACAGAGCGCUUACACGAGCCAAGUUGGCACGUAUGACAGCCAAACCGGGACUUACAUCAGCCACGCGCCCAGUGGGUCCCUUACUCACAUUAUCGGACAGUACGGCAGCCCAACGGACCCUAACCUGACGUUAAGGUCAGGCGUGGGUGCCGGUGCGUACUUCAACCAGUCUGAGCUCGCCCGCCAGCCCUCAGAUGCCUAUGACCCGGCUCGACGUCAAGUUAACCGGGCCAGCGAGCUUUCGUCCAUCUCUUCUGGCUUUGGCGACGGUGACAUUAUUGUACCCGGAAUGCCUGGCAUGGUGCUCCAGCCGCCUCCCCCAGUGUCACAGUCACUGAGAGCCAGUCAGAACGGCGUCGGUCGCUUUUCGUGGAUGAGCAAGACGAACCGCGAAACGGUCUACACAGAGGCCAGCGAGGACCUUCCAGCGAGGUUCAGGACGGUCGACAGCUGGGUCAACCAGCAGACCGGUCGCGUCAAGAGAGCACAAGCAAGGCCGGAGACGGAUGAAGACAUCCCGCCCGUGCCGGGUCUACCGGCCGGGACAGGCCAAAACGGCAUGCCGCCUGAACCCCAGUUUACCAUGAUGAUGCCGGACGGGGAGGUACCCCGGCGGCCGGAUUUGGGGCCGAACGCGUAG